ACGGAAGGAGUGUCGGGGUAACGCGUUGUUGGACGGAACGUUGGUGUGUUUUCUCACAUUUAGUUCUGCUUCUGUCUGUUUGGAACACGUUUGUGGUCCGACAGAGACCUGUAGGAAUGGCGCGUUCGUCUGUGACUUCAAACUACUUGUUUUGUGCAAGUGCGGGACUGGCGGUUAGCAGCUAACACUAACAGUUCAGUUCAGUUGUACUCUCUCUCUCUCUCUCUCUCUCUCUAGUUCAGCGCGGUUAACAAAACGAGAGUGGGGUUACUCGUUAAUAACAUGUCAGUCAUUUACUUAACUCAGUGUUGGUCAGAGCGAGUGGUCGGACAGUUUACUAGUAAGUGUGUCAGUCAGUGUUGGUACAGCGAGAGGUCGGACAGUUUACUGCAGUAAAAGUAAGUGUAACUCGUGUAGUGGUACACAGUGACGACAGUUUACUGUAGUAAGAGUAAGUGUGUUACUCACAGUGUAGUGUGAGUGUUGGAACAGCGAGGACAGUUUACUGUAGUAAAAGUGGGUGUGUAACUCACAGUGUAGUGUCAGUGUUGGUCCAGCGAGGGGUCGGGCAGUUUACUAUAGUAAGUGUGUUACUCACAGUGUAGUGUCAGUGUUGGUACAGCGAGGAGAGUUUACUGUAAUAAGUGGGUGUGUAAGUCAGUGUAGUGUGGUACACAGUGAUGACAGUUUACUGUAGUAAAAGUGGGUGUGUAAGUCAGUGUAGUGUGGUACACAGUGAUGACAGUUUACUGUAGUAAAAGUGGGUGUGUAAGUCAGUCUAGUGUGGUACACAGUGAUGAGAGUUUACUGUAGUAAAAGUGGGUGUGUAAGUCAGUGUAGUGUGGUACACAGUGAUGACAGUUUACUGUAGUAAAAGUGGGUGUGUAAGUCAGUCUAGUGUGGUACACAGUGAUGAGAGUUUACUGUAGUAAAAGUGGGUGUGUAAGUCAGUGUAGUGUGGUACACAGUGAUGACAGUUUACUGUAGUAAAAGUGGGUGUGUAAGUCAGUGUAGUGUGGUACACAGUGAUGACAGUUUACUGUAGUAAAAGUGGGUGUGUAAGUCAGUGUAGUGUCAGUGUUGGUACAGCGAGGGGUCGGACAGUUGACUAUAGUAAGUGUGUUACUCGCAGUGUAGUGUCAGUGUUGGUACAGCGAGGACAGUUUACUGUAGUAAAGCGUGUUACUCACAGUGUAGUGUCAGUGUUGGUCCAGCGAGUGGUCGGACAGUUUACUGUAGUAAAAGUACAGAGGACGUCAUGGUGGCGGCACAGCGAGGUUCCUGGCUCCUCAGUGGUGCCACAGUGGCCGCCGUCGCUGCGCUUUACCUGCCGUGUGUUCAGAAGGCAGUUCCUGGCGGAGACUCAGGAGAGCUGAUCACGGCUGCUUGCGAGCUGGGGGUGGCGCAUCCCCCAGGUUACCCUCUCUUCACUCUGCUGUCCAGCCUGGCGAUGACUUUCUUGCCCUCCGUUUCCCCCGCCCACAGUGUCAACCUUCUGAGUGGUCUGCUGGGAUCGAUGGCGAGUGGCACCCUAUGCUUUACUGUGUGCAGACUGGCUGGGCCGGGCCCGGGAGCCGUGCUAGCCGGGGGGGUGUUCGCCCUCUCCCUGCUGACCUGGCGCUGGUCCGUGGUGGCAGAGGUCUUCUCCCUCAACAACCUCUUUGUGGGCUCGAUCCUCGCUUUAGCCGCGAGCUUCCACCGCGCCGACGGUGCCGGCGAGAGAAGGAAGUUUUCCCGCUGGGGGGCGCUGUGCUGCGGCUUGGGCCUGUGUAACCAGCACACCUUGGUGCUCUACGUGGUGCCUGUGAUCCCGUGGGUGCUGCUGCGACUGCACACCUACCAGGAGCUGUCGUUGCGCGGCGUGGCGCUGCUGGCCCUUCACUUCCUGUUCGGCUUCCUGCCGUACCUCUACCUCCCGAUCUCCUCGGCGGCGAACGCGGCUCGCUGGAGCUGGGGCGACCAGACCACCGUUCGCGGACUGCUCACACACCUGCUCAGGAUGGAGUAUGGCACCUUCAGCCUGGCGAAGGCGGAUGGCUCGGUGGGGUCAGCCAGGAUGCUCCGGGCCCAGCUGGACCACUGCGUGGCUCACCUCACUGUCCCUGUGUUGAUUCUGGCGGGGAUCAGCCUGCUCCUCUCCCUGUGGGACAGGAGGCAGUAUGUGCUGCCCUGGCUGCUGGCUGCCAUGAUGCUGCUCUACUCCCUUUUCUUUGCCUGGAGGGCCAACCUGGACAUCAGCAGGCCGCUGCUGCUCGGAGUGGUGGAGCGCUUCUGGCUGCAGGGCGACGCCGUGCUCUGCGUGCUGUCCGGCCUGGGUCUGGCCGGGCUGUGCGCCGCGCUGGAGCGGUGGCUGGCCCGCGGUACGCUGUGGACCGCCUGCGCCUGGGCACUCACCGCCGGCCUGCUGGCACACCUGGCACGCUCCAACUACAGGGAAUGCGACCAGAGCCGGAACGACGUGGUGGAGCGCUUUGCACGUGGCAUUCUGGACUCCAUGCCCCAGGACUCCUUGCUGCUCACCCGGGGUGACCUACCUGGGAACUCGCUGCGCUACUUGCACUACUGCCAGGGGCUGCGUCCCGACUUGCGCCUCGUCGACCAGGAGAUGAUGACCUACGGCUGGUACGUGGCGAAGCUCGGCCGGCACCAUCCCGGGGUCCGCUUCCCUGGCCGGCGGUGGGACCCGGCGCGCGCGGCCGAGGAGGACGCGUUCGGUUUGGAGCGGUUCCUGCGUCACAACUCGGACAGGGACGUGUUUGCCUGCAUCGGCCUGCCCGAGGGGGAUCCCGGCUGGAUGAGGAGCUUCUCCCGUUGGCCUUGGGGCAUCUGUGAGCAGCUGGUGCCCGCAGAGACCCGCCUGCAGCCCGAAGCGUGGGCCCGGCGCACCAGGAGCCUCUACAACUGGACGGAGCCACACGACAGCUUCCGUGCUGGUUCUUGGGAGAAGGUGGCCAACGAGGAGAUGUGGCAGGCCAGGAUGAAGACGGCCUUCUUCUUGUUUGACGUGGCUGAGAAAGUUCCCGAAGAAGGCAAAGAGCGCCUCUUCGAGCUCUCCUACACCCUCUAUAAGGAGAUAGUAGACGCGCAUGAGAAUCACCCGUCCAACUGGGAUAAGAACCUGGCGCUGGCCGGCGAGAGGCUGCUCAGGUACGGGGGCCGGGGGCACGACCCCGACCGCCUGCUCGCGCAGACUAUCGAAAGCUUCUCGCUGUACCUGGAGAAGGAGCCCGCGGACCCCAAGGCGGAGGCCAUCCGCUCCGUCAUUUCACACCUGCGCAAAGAGAGGCAGCGACUCAGACGCAGCAGACACGCUACUUGAGGCCCAGCCGACAAGAGAGGUGGCAUCUCAUCUUGUUUGAGGGCAUUAUGAAAACGGCGGCUUGUGUUUAAUACGCAAGGAGAUAAAAAGCACCAAGAAAUGACCGAAGGCUCAUCGUUAACAGCCAAGGGCGAAAGGCCGGCAUUGGAACGCGGUACUGCGAGAUGAUCUGUAACUGUUUUCUGUGGAAAAGUGUAGAAAUGUUCCUGUUUUUUAAAAAAAUCUUUUAUUAUGUGAAAAAUAAACCACUGU